UAAGUCUGCGUUAGUCUGGUGCAGGCGGUGCCGCGGCGGGCACGCGCGAUAUGAAAUAUUUGCUGGUGCUUGUGUGUUGUGUUUUUGACCUAGGAUAUGGAAGGAUCUCUAGUGAUUUCGUACUACAUAAAACACCACAGUUCACAUUAAUAACGCCGCAGCCCAAAAAUGAAAUCACAAUCAAUAUUAUGAUGCAUUUUGAUAAAGUUCUAACAGAUAAACUUGUCAAAGAAUAUGGCGCCAAGACGCGAAAGAAAUUAAAAAUAAUAUCAACUAGUAUUCUCAAAGAUGUGGAGAAUUUCUUCCGUCAUCCAAGUUUGAAUGAGAAUAUUAAAUUUAAAUUAAAAGAUACUAGAUUUCUUAAAAAUAAUACGAAAAUAGUUAAGAUGGACGAGAAUGGCAGUUUGUAUUUGAAAAGUUACUGCGAAUGGCAAGGGAAGAGGAAACUGGUUAAUGAUUGGUAUUAUUCAGUUUUACUUACUGGUCUUGAUCUUUAUUAUCUAAGUAAAAAUAGCGAAGAAGUAAGAAGAAGUACAGGACGUGGCUAUGUGGGAGGCAUGUGCAGCAUUAAAAACAGCUGUGCGCUGCUGGAGUGGAAUUCUAAGAACAUAGGAUAUCUAUUGGCUCAUGAAAUCGGUCACAGUCUGGGCAUCAACCACGACGGUCCACCGUACAACCAGUGCCGAGGACAGCGACACAUGAUGGGCGCGAGGUACAAUCCCGUGAACCAUCCACGAGUAUGGUCUACAUGCAGUAAACAUGCACUGAAGAAAUAUUUAGCGAGUGGGAGAUCCUGGUGCCUGCGCCCAGGUGCAAAGAGAACAUCGAGGAACUUACGAUUGACUUAACUAAAACUAUUGUGAUAUUAGCAGAAUAAGUAAAUUUUUUUGCAU